UAAAUGAUGGCCAUGGGCUGUAUGAUAAUUUGUAUUUUUCAAAGUACUCUGCUUAGGUUAUUCCAGUCAUUUCCUUAAAACAGAGGAGAUAGGUUAAGAGCCUGGCUUGAGAGCAAAAGAAAUUGAGACCUUAAGAAGUCCUAACUUGUGCAGUCUUCAAGCUAGUAAGUAGUCUCUGAUUCCUUCCAUCUUUCAAGCUCAUCGUUUUAAUUCCCCAGGCAGUGAAGCCUUGGCUAGAACUAUCAUGUCAUUGCUCUCAGGUACAGCUUAGUGGCAGUGUUGCUCAGUCCAGCUCACCCUACACUAGCUCAGUUCAGCCCAACUUCCUGGAAAAUUGCAGCUAGUUACCAAAUAGUCCUUCCCCCUAGGGCUCCUCCCCUGAGUCCAGAGGCUUGGUUGGUGUCCGCCACUGUGUGACUCAUAUUGGGCUGAAACUUAGCAGACAUCCUGUUGACAAGUGGGAACUUGUACCAGACCGCAGAAAGCCCAAUGCCUUGCUGUUAACAAAGGGGACACCCUGUUUGGGUCCUUCCCCUACAAGGAGGGGUUACAUUAGCCCAGGAGCUGUUCAGUUGCUUUUCCUGGGAGGAGAGAACACAUCUGAGGGCCCAGGAAACUGAUGGCCAGGGAGAGGAAAGAACCUUGACCGUAGCAGACUGUAAACUACUGGAAGCAGGGAAAAUGGCUUUGCAAUCCCCUCUGCUGCCACUCCCACCUGCUCUCCGGAGCCCCAGGACUUCCCAAUAUAUCUAUCAGCUCCCUUCUUGGGUACUGGAGGACUUCUGCCACAAGAUGGACAGCCUGAGUGAAUGGGACUGGAUGCAAUUUGCGUCUUACGUGAUAACUGACCAGACCCAGCUGAGGAAGAUCAAGUCCAUGGAGAGAAUUCAAGGUGUCAGCAUCACCCGGGAACUGCUGUGGUGGUGGGGGAUGAGACAGGCCACAGUGCAGCAGCUCCUGGACCUCUUGCAUCGACUCCAGCUCUACCGAGCGGCCCAAGUCAUCCUGGACUGGGAUGCAAUUCCCAAAAUUACUGGCACUUCUCACAUUCUUCCUGACCCUCUGUGCCCUGGAAGGUCCUCUCUGUCUUCAGUAAGAAAACCAGAGGAAACCCAAGAACAAGGCCCUGCGAAAUCCUCAGCUCUGACUCCCUUCUCCAGAUCAGGGCCAGGUCCAAGUGGACACACAAACCCAGCCCUACAGCUGCCUUUUAAUGAAGAGGAUCUCCCUCAUUCCUUAAAAACAAAUCCUUCUUCUUCAGAUCUGAAGAAUUGCCAUGCCUCCAUUCCCCAGCAAAAACCCCUUGUGAGUCUAAAUGGUAAGAGCCUCUACUGGACAGAAAUGGAGGUGAUCAAAGCUACCAAUGGAUUUAGCCAAGAGAACAAAAUCAGCGAAGGGAGCUUUGCCAAUGUCUAUAAGGGGCAAAGAUACAACAUGCUGUACGCCUUUAAGAAGCUUCAGAAGACCAGGUGCCCAAGAGACAUAUCCAUUGAGAAUUUCUUCCACAUGGAAGUCCAGAUUUGUCUCAGGUGCUCCCAUCAAAACAUCUUACCCCUGCUCGGCUUCUGUACUGGGGAAGUGUUUCACAGUGUGAUCCACCCCUACAUGCCCAAUGGCUCUGUGGAGGACAGACUCCGAUGCCAAAACAAUACUGAUCCCCUGACUUGGGAACAGCGGAUUAGCAUUUCCUUGGGAUUUCUUGGAGCCGUAGAAUACUUACAUGGUCUCAAAAUUAUUCAUGGUAAUAUCAAGAGCUCCAAUGUUCUGUUGGAAAGAAACUUCACCCCCAAGCUUGGACACCCAAGGGUUCGAUUAUCCUCUGAAGAGAAAAAGUCCUCCUAUACUAUGAUGAACACCCAGCUUUUCCAAGCUUUGGCUGCAUAUGUUCCAGAAGAUUUCCUCCGAGUGGGGCAGCUCACAGAAAGAGUCGACAUCUUUAGCUGUGGAAUAGUGUUAGCAGAGAUUCUGACUGGUAUCCCAGCGAUGGAUAAAGAGAGAACUCCAGUUUAUCUGAAGGACUUACUCAUCAGUGAAAUCCUGAGCACUAAAGCCCUACUGUGCUCCAAGAACAAAGGUGUGGAGAAACUAGCUGCAAAGGAGAUCUGCCAGAAAUACCAGGAUGUCAAAGCUGGGCACUUACCAGAGAACUGUGCUAUAGACUUUGCCACAGCUAUGUACUUCUGCCUGCAGAAAAAGCCCCCCAGUGUGACUCAGGUGUGUGCUACUGUGGCAGAGUUGGAUCAACAAAUCAGACUCCUCAGCCCCAACAGCAGCUUGGAAUUGAAGAGGUCAUCAGUGAAUACCCCAGAGGAGACUGAUGAUGUUGACAAUCUUAGCACAGAAGUCUCUUCUUCAGAUGACCGUGAUCAGAAUGGACUCUGGGCAGGAGCAGGGUCCUCAUCAUCCCAACCAGGGUAUAGGGAAGGAAGGUGUCUGGCCAAUGGGGUAGAGGCUGACUCUUCAAUGUGUCUUGCUGCUUUACAUCCUCAAGAUGCAACAGAAAAUUCUUGGGAAGUUGAAAUCAAUGAUGCCAAGAAGAAAUUGAUGGAAAAUAUUUUGCUCUAUGAAGAAGAAAAGUUAAACACUGAGGAACUAUUUGGAUCUUUUGAACCAUAAAUUAGGUGGGGGAGAUACCUAAUUAACAUUGGAAAAAUUUAGUCAAAACAAGAGACAAGAUGGAAAUAUAUCAGUUCUUUGGGAAUAAAGGCUUUCAGGACAUAAGAGUGGGUGAGAGGAUACUUUUCAUGGAUGAGAUAAAGCCUCUGCUUUUAUAGACAUAAUAAUCUACCAGGUCUAUUAGCCAUCCACCAUCUGAAGUCUGAGCUUCGAGCUUCAGUUCAAAAAUAAGGGAAACGGAAUGCUUGAAGGAGCCCUUGAAGGGAGAAGGAAACUAUGAAACACAUUAUCAAGCCCUUGGAAUAGUUCUCUGUACCAAAGAACACUGUCCAGUUCAAUCUGAGUUUGACUAUCACUAAUCAUUGUGCCUCUUGGUGAGUCAGAAGUCCAGAGUUUAUUUUUAAAGCCUCAAAAAUAGCCCUGAACUUGAUCUAAAGAGACUUCCUGGAGCACCUGAACAGAAGAACUGACUGAGCACUGAUUUUAGGACAUUUAGGACUCUGCUGAACUUUGCAUUCAAGCUGGGCAAAACCAAUCAUGCUGUCUUUUAAGUCUGUGUUAAAAAGCAUUCACUAUUGCUGGCUCUCAUCUGUAAGGCACCUGAUCCCUUACUACAUGGGAGGUUUGGACACCUAAGCCCUCUACAGGAGAGGUGUGAACACUUCGAGGCUGCACCCAUUACAGGAGGGUAUGAACACCUUAGGAGCCCCACCCCACUAUAUGGGAGGUGUGAAUACUUUAGAGCCCAGCCUCUUUUGCUGGAAAUGAAUCAAAUAUUUAUUAUUUGCCAUUAGCUUUGACCUGUGCAAUGUAUUAUCCUUCUACCUCUGCUCCAAAGGAAGAUCACUGAGGCUAAGGAGGGAAAAUGCAUUUCCCCCUUCUUUUUCUAAGCUACAUAUUCUAAUAAAGAAUUUUUAUUUUGAGAAUAAUAUGUGUUACUCAGAUUUAGAGUCAGAAGCCCUGGGUUUGAAGGAGUAAGAGUUGCUCAUCUCUAAAGUCUUUUCCAUUUCUGCCAUUCUAGGAUUCUAAUGUAUUUACUGACUUUUGCAACAUUUUGAUACAUAAUGUUCUGAUAGGCAUUGGAGUGUGGUGGAGAGAGGGCUAACCUUUAGGUGAGGAAGAGCUUGGCUCAUUCAAGUCAGGCCGGGAAGUCACUUGAGUCCUCAGUGCCCUAAAUAUCACUCUAAGACAGUGAUCCUCAAGUUGUUUCACUUAUACAUUCCUCUCAGCAAAAAUUUUGAGCUCCCCAAUAUAUUUGUAUUUAUUUAUUUAUUUCUUCUUCCUCUUCUUUUUUUUUUUUUUGGUGAGGCAAUUGGUGUUAAGUGACUUGCCCAGGAUCACACAGCUAGUAAGUGUCAAGUGUCUGAGGUCAGAUUUAAACUCAGGUCCUCCUGACUCCAGUGCUAGUACUCUAUCUACUGCACCACCUAGUUGCCCCCUUGUAUUUAUUGAUAAGUUGUAUACAUGUAUAACUAUUAAUAUAUUAUGUGGAGUAUAAAACAUUAUGCAAAAAACUUAAAAGGAUGAGAUAGAAUGAAAUAAAUAUUUAAAUUUUAAGAAAUUUCUGGUAUAAAAUUUUUUCUCACUAAAAUUAUUAUAAACAUAAUACAAUUAUAUAUAUAUAUGUGUGUGUGUGUGUGUGUGUGUGUGUGUAUCUUCACUAGUACAAAUAAAGAAUCCUGUGGAAUGGUCACAUUAUUUGAAUUUGUACAGAAUAUUUCCAGAGUGUUAGGACCAAUGACUAAAUUUUACAUAAUUACAACUUCAAAUAGUGUACAUUCAAAUUUGGUACCUAACUCUAAUGACAUAAAAUGUAUAUUUAAUAUAAUAAUAUAAAUGGUUAAAUGUGCUUAAUUGUUUUUAAAGAUCUUGAUUUAGCACUUUGUGAUACAUUAAUUUGAAAGGCUUGUUCUAAUUUCAGUUUAUUUGAUUUGUGGUAUUGAUGGUUACCAUGGCUGAAAAAGAUACCUCAUAAAGAUAUGUACAUCAAAUUGGAAGAAAUCUGUCAUUGACUGCCCUUACUGAAUCAUAACACUUAGUUUUCAGUCCUAUCUACCAAUCAGGCAAAGGUUUUUGUUGAAAUGAAUAUAGAACUUUUAUCAUUUUCUUUUUUUCAAUUCUGAACUUAAAAACACCAAAUAAAAAGGGCAUUUCCACAUACAAAAUAGAAUAGAAAGAGAGGGCUGUAUAUGAAACUAUGCAUUUCUGUAACAUAGAGAUUGCUUUUACUUCUAAGGCUGUAAUAAA